AUGGAGUGGGACACCGCGGCGGCUGACAUCAUAGUGCGCGAGGCUGGGGGCGUGGUGCUGUACGCGGGGCGCUGCACAGGGAAGGGGGAGCUCCUUGAGGACUGGAAGGACGCGGUCCUAAAGGAGCGGCCCCUCGAGUACAACAAGGAGGACCUGCUGAACCCCUGCUUCGUGGUGUUUGGGCGGCGGCGCGACGGGUAG